UUUCACUAUAUUUUCCGGGAAUUCUUCAUCGUUUUUCUUUAAUACGCCUAAUAAUUUUGAUCGCACAUUCGCGUACGUAAUAAAAGUUCGGUUUAUCGAUUCGAUAAACCAAAACUUGCAAUUUAUAUAUUUCACAAGCUUUCCUCGGUGUGCGCGCAUCAGAGAUCGCACAACAAUCGUCGUACUUGAAAUAUUUCAUAAAAUACGCAAUUUUUGGUAUGGCGAAAACAAAUUUUUGUUGCUCGUGACGCGGCUGUCGGAGGGAGGAGGAGGGGCGGGGGAAUUGCGCAAGAGAAAAGAGGAUGGCUGGUUGCCGAGAGUACCACCGAGCCAACCCCUCGUUCUAUCAACGAACGAGGAGGUAUAUUCAACUGCGCCUCAAUCUUCUUCUUCUUCUUCUUCUCGUUCCGCUAUUUCACGCGAAAAUUCAAGUAACGCCGUGCUGCCGGUAUCGAUCAUUAUUAUCGAAGCAAGAAAACAAAUGUUUGCCCGGUGGGAGAGAAGGUCGCGGUCACGUUGCGCACGGGAUUACUCCGUCCUCGGGCCUUGAGCAUAACGCGCGUUCAACGGGCUUCCAUCUACGCCGCGCGGCUCUUAAAAAUCUCUUUUUUUCUCGCGUUGGCUUCUUCUUCGCGUCGUUGACACGAGACACGAGGAUUGUCGCGACGAUGCUCGCCGAAAUGGUCGGCUCCUCGUACGCGCGAGAUUCACUUGGAACUUGAGCCGCGUUGUCCGCGAGCUUCUCGAUCGGUCGUACCUCGUACCGUGCUUGGAAGAAAUUUCGAAUUUACCAGGCAUAAGAGGCAAACCGAUGCUGGGAUCGCCGAUAUUGGAGGAAAAAAUGGGAGAUGGGAGAGGGAAAAGCGACGUACGGAAAAUCGAUAACCCAGUGUUCGUGCUCUCGCACUCUCUCUCUCCAACUACUGCAUGGAGCUCCUCCGCGUUUCAAGCCAAACGGGACAACGCUCGACUGGUUAAAGAAAACGUCUCCGCCGACGAGGACGAUGCCAAGUGGCCAGAGAUAAUCAGGCUCGAGUCCGACGGUGGUUUCAAGUUUCAAGAGAAUCUCCUACGCACGAUGAUACAGAUCGAGAAUACGUUCUUCCAGCUGGGCGAGAGCUGCACGAGAAAUUGUCUCAUCAUCUGUGAUCGGGGUGCGAUGGACGCCUCUGCAUUUAUUUCGAAGAAACAGUGGGAACUGAUGAUGGCUUCGAACGGAUGGAACAACGUGGAGCUCCGGGACAAUCGUUACAAUCAAAUAAUACACAUGGUUUCGGCGGCGAACGGAGCCGAGGAGUUUUAUUCAACCGAGGAUCACGCGUGUCGAUCCGAAGGUGUCGAUAUGGCUCGGGAACGCGAUUACAACGCUGCCGCUGCCUGGGUCGGACAUCCCUACUUCGACGUAAUCGACAAUCGACAGGACUUUGAUUCAAAAAUACGGCGAAUGAUUGAAUGCGUGUGCCAAAAGCUGGGCAUCGAUACGGGCGACCGUUUGCGGGCAAGCAGUCGCAAGGUCAAGUUCCUCGUCAAAGGUCCUCUUCCUCAGGAUACCGAGUUUCCACCUUUCCAGGACUUUGACGUCGUUCACAAUUACUUACAGAGCAAAACUCCCAAUAUGCAGGCCAGACUUCGCAAACGCGGUCAAAAAGGUCACUGGUCCUACAUUCACACCAUCAGACGUCCCAAAAUGUGCGGCCAGGUCGUCGAGGUCAAGACCCAACUGACCCAUCGAGACUACCUCAAUAUGCUGGCACAGCGCGACGACUCUCAUUUUACGAUAUUCAAGCGAAGGCGCUGCUUUCUCAUAAACAACCAAUAUUUUCAGCUCGACAUUUAUCGAGAACCCGGACAUCCGAGAUGUCGAGGAUUGAUGCUACUGGAAACGUACACGGCACUCGCGGGCCAAGAUCUCAUCAACAUACUGCCUAAUUUUCUAACGAUCGAGAAAGAGGUUACAGGCAAUCCGGAUUACAGCAUGUUCAAUCUCAGUCUGAGAGAAGAAUGGAACUCAACCAACAAGUAUUGUCACAAUUUACAAAACUCGGUUGCGGAGGAUAAAAUGGAGAAUGGCCUCGGCGGGGGGGUCGAGAACGAAACUUUCACGGCGGCGGCACAGACAGAUCAACUAGAGGCGAAAUCUCGAGAUUCACCAAAGAGACAAACAAAUGGAAAUCAUUGCGCCAAGAAGAUUGUGAAUGGUACUUCAAGUUUAACGGGUCAUUUUGCGAAUGGCUCGUCGACGGUGUACGGCGAUCCGUCUAACGGUGAUAACGGAUCCUCCCACCGGCUCGAUCUCAAUCGCAUCGAUAAAUAACAGCGGGCUUAAGAGGAGUGCACUAAUAUACCAAACAAAGAGAAAAACCGGUGACAUCGCCGACCGUUCCCACCGCUUCUCCUCCUAAUUUUCAUUUCUUUUACUCUCAAUCCUCGUCGUUACUUUAUUUCCUUACCAAAUUCAACCAUUUGCGGGCGUGUUUCCGCGUACGUGGCCAAUUUUCAUUUUAAACUUUUCAAAUACCGGCCAAUGAGACUUUGAUACGACUCCGAGCGGGGCUCCGAAGCGACGAAUCGAACGUCGUGCAUGAUAGGUGAAGCGAGGAUUCGCGAAUCAAAAUGAGCCCGUAAUUGCAUUCGAGAGAUUAGGACAUACGAGGAAUGAAUUUAUUCAUAGAGUAGACAAAAUUGUACAAAAGAUUUAUAUUUGUCCACGCUCGAAAGCGAGGCUCCAUUAUUAUUGUGUAUAGUUAUAUAUUGAUAAAUCAUAAUAACGAAUAAUAUCUUACCGGAAGUAUUUACGUCGUCGAAGACGCAAUUACGAAGCAAAAAAAAAUGGUCAUAGAGGAGGUCGAGAUCGAAAUCGUGACUACACGCAUGAUUGUGAUACAAACUAACAAAACAGAAAACCCUAUUCAGAUUAGUACUAUAAGACACUUGUCAUAUGCCUGAUGUAACAAAAAUGAAUAAGAUUAACUGAGAUAUCCGUUUGAGACACUGGGAAAUGAACGCAAACACAAAACCGACCUUCGAAGUCAGUUACUAGAUUUACGACUGCGAUGCAAAUGCGAUUUUCAUAAAAACUCGCUCGCUCUUUCAUCACUGUACAACAUAUUAUAUGUUAUAUAACUUGUAAUAAGCGAAUAAUUUCUGAGCUGAGUGUGAGUAAGCAAUCGCCGGGGCCAAUCCUCGGCCUUCUGUUUCCCUCGGCUAUGAAUACGCCACCACACGAACGAUAUCAAGAAAUCUCAUUGUUUUACAAUCGAAUCGUUGUUUUGCAAUUUUAUUGAAAUGCUCUCGAAACCUUGAAGAAAUAUAUAUUAACUAUUUCGGAUGAAAAAUAAGACAGAAGCCUUUAUGAGAAAAAGCGACGUAUGUAUUUAAUGUGAAUCAUUUUUUUUUUUUUUUUUAAUCAGGUCGUGUGCGUGGGCGCACAAGUGUCUUCAGAAAAUUGAGCGCUUUCUCUUUAUCUCUCUGACAAAUCGUCGAGGAAGAGAGUAAAUCACUUUUGAAACAUGUACAAAUUUUAUUUUUGCUACCAACGACGUCGACGCGCAACUAACGUUGCACGUGCCAACGAAUUUCAAGUGAGCGUAUCUUUGUCGUAUGGAAGAUAUAAUGCGUGUUGAACACGCCUACUCUUCGAAUCUAUGGCUCUUGUUAAAAAAAAAAAAAAAAAAAAAAAAAAAAAAAACAAGGCAAUCCAUUCAUCAAUGAUUCCGAUAAACACUUUGUCAAAAGCACCACACGGCGGACUACGCUUGAAUAAAAUUUCUCACUCCGAGAACUUACACGGACGUGUGCGUUUGACCGUUUAAUUUGAUUAUUUAUCAAAAAAGCUAAAAAGUGGGCUUUAUCAUUCGCCUAAACAUGCACGGUUGCGAAAAACAAAAAGUCACUACACGUAGCUCCUUUUCUCCGCGGGGCUACUCAGCGACGAAGAGCUAAAAAUGAAACUGUAACUAUACACACUUGAUAUCCCUACAUAGUGGGUCGCGCGAUGCAACAAUACGGAACCCCGGGCUCCUUGGAAAUCCUCGACUUCGCGAAUGAAACAGGUCAUUUCAUUUUGUGUGUUUAUUACAAAAUAACAAAUGAAAGCAAAGAAAGAAACCGUAUACACGGCUCUACACGGGAUAUUUCGAUGCUUUAAAAUUCUCUGUAUUCGCAUACACGGUACUGUUUUGUUGAAAAGCGACCGUUGCGUAAGGUAUUUUAUUGCGAUCUAUCUAUAUAUAUACUUUUUUAAGGUCGACAAAACUAGGAAACAAAUUGGGAGCUGAUUUUUAACGAAUUCGUAAUUUAGAAUUUUCACAGUUCACUUGCAGCCUCGACGGGGCUGUCAGACGCAAAAAUUUCCUAAAGGUGUGAUGCAAUUUGAGAAAAUUCAAUUACCUCCUUCAACCUGACUAUGAACAUGAUUUUGUCAUUGUGAUGAUUUCCUCAAAGCUUUUUUGCUUUCUCUUUGGCCUCUGUUAACGAACCUCCUUUCACCGAAGACAAAGUGCCUGCCAGAUGUUUAUGUCGGUUUUAAGGGGAAAAACUCAAGACCCAGCACCGACCGAUGAAAAACAAAACACUAUAUAUUUUGAAUGAACAGAGAAACUCUAUAAUAAAUUUUAAAUGCAUCGGAGCACCCUGUCUCUUUCUCGUAAUCCGCGUGUUUGUUUGAAUGAUCCGACCUUGCGGUGUAUCUUUUAUAGGAUCUCAUUGAAUAAAAAUGUCCUUGUCCACUGACAUGAAAGUUAUGUACCUAA